CAGGUUUAGUAAGUUUAGUAAGUGAUAUCCACAUAUCAGACACACAGAAAGAUUAUUCUCUCUGCCAGACUACUGCUGUAGAACACAGAACAGAGCAUAUGGAGACCAUCAACAGAGAAACACUUCAGGCAGACCUUGAUGCAUUUGAUAUUUCUGAGGAGCUAGGCUUUCUCCUUGAGGAGCCACUGACUGACCUUCCAGACUAUUAUCGGGCAUGGUUGGACCUGGCAAAUAAUCUCACACAUCUGAUAGAAUCAUGUCAACUGCGGGAUCUGGUGCAUAAGAUGCCGGUCUUGAGUCCACAUCUCCUGAGCAAUCACAGGGAGCUCAGGCUGGCUCACCUAGCGCUGGGGUUCAUCAGCAUGGGAUAUGUAUGGCAGGAAGGACAACAUGCACCCGCUGAGAUUCUACCAAAAGCCCUGGCCUUGCCCUUCUGGCUGGUAUCUCGCAGGCUCGGACUUCCGCCCAUCCUAACUUACGCAGAUUCAGUCUUAGCUAACUGGAAAUUACGGGAUCCCACAGUGGAUAUGGAAAUUGGGAACAUGGACUUGAUAUUUUCCUUCCCCGGUGGUGAGAGUUGCAGGGGCUUUUUCAUUGUGUCAUUGUUGGUCGAGAUGGCCGCGAGUUCAGGCAUAAUGGGGGUACUGGAGGUGAUGCAUGCAAUGAAAAUCCCCGAUCACAAUCGCAUACAGGAAGGCCUUGCCAAAGUAACUCAGUCUUUGAAGAAGAUGAAGGAAACUUUCAAACUCAUGCACAAUCAUGUGGAUCCAACUGCGUUUCAUGGAACAUUGAGAAUUUUUGUCUCAGGGUGGCGAGACAACCCCAUGCUUCCAAACGGGCUCUUGUACGAAGGUGUGAGCAAAGAGCCAAUUUUUUUAUCUGGUGGAAGUGCAGCACAGAGUUCAGCCAUUCAGUGCUUUGAUGCUUUGCUGGGCAUCCAGCAUGAGGAUGAGACAGGAGCCUUCCUGACACGCAUGAGGGAUUACAUGCCUCCCGCCCACCGUCAGCUGAUAGAAACGCUCUCUGUCCUUCCACCUCUACGAGACUUCAUCCUCUCCCAACACAGCUCUGAUCUCUACCAGGCCUACAACUCUUGUGUCUCAGCGCUGGUGGAUUUACGGAGCUACCACCUCAGUGCUGUGGCCAAGUAUAUCGUUGUGCCUGGUAACCAAGCCCGCACCAUGGGCUGCCCACUCAGAGGUGUGGGCACUGUGCUGAACGCUACAGGGACUGGUGGAUCCAGCGUAAUAGUCUUCCUCAAGAGUGUUCGUAACACCACACAAAAAGCACUGAUCUUAGAGAGGUCAAAAGAAGCUGAAGAGUAAUUUAUAAUGUUUAUUAUUACAUACACAGUACCCAGCACCUUUUCUUGAACUUUGAACCAGUGAGGAAACUGCUUUUCAGCCUUGGUUUAAGUUACGGGAACCGUAAAUAGUCGAAAAUAAAAAUAAAAUAAAAUAUAAUAAAAUAAAAAUAGCCGUGGUGAGCCAAAAUAAUGAUCUACUUAAUCAAGACGACUAGACGGUCAAUUUACCAUAAAGUCAUGCUUUUUAUGCAUUUCUGUCUUUUCCUUUUUGGCUGGUUUGGGCUUCCAUAACUAACAGCUCUUGAUAUUAUUAUUAUAUAAAAUGCACUUUACUUUGACAUAGUACUUUAUUUAGCCACACUAUAUGAUUGUAAAAAACUCUACAGACCUUGCUGCAAAGAGGGAUUAUGUUCAGUGUUGUAUUUUAUUUUAUUUAUUCUUGUUUUAUUUGCAGGCAUAAAAUAAUGUAUGAUCUGAAAAACCCAAAUGUAUCCGUAAACCUUUGAACUGUAAUAUUAUUUUUAGAUAAAUGACUUCAAUUGCAUCCCAAGUAUUGUAAUUCAUAUUUGUAUAAAUUUUCAGCAUAAUCAGUGACUAUAACAAUGCCUGAUAAUGUUGUGUAAUGUUUUAAAACUAUGAAAUGUGAAAAAGUACAAAUUUCAUCAUUAAAGUUAGUACUAAACACAAACCUGAAAAUGGGAACUCCUGUGUUUUUGACAGUAGGAUGCCAAUGACCAGUAAGGUGAAUGUAGGGAGAACUGUGAGCUGUGGAAAAAAUAGAGGAAGGAAAUGAUAUAAGAAUGACAUGAUAGAGAGCUC